AUGAAUUACAAUGAAAUCAAAAAUAAACUCAUUGCCACAGUUAAAGAAAUGAUUCUUGCAAAUCCAGACAUCAUUGAACACACUUUGAAAAACUCAACUCAAUUGAAAUCAGAAUGUCAAUCAACCGAGGGGGUCAUCAAUGAAUUAAAGGAAUAUACAAAAGCAGAACAUAAUUAUGUUGAUUCUAAAUUAAAAAUUGUUCCACUAUUAAAAGAAAUAAUAAAUAUGAAAGAAAAGUAUUCAGAAAAGUUCCAGGAUAAGUGUACAUGUCAAAACAUAAAUUCUGAAAUUAUGUUUAAAAAAUUAGAAUUUCUGAAACUUCAAUUUUUCUACAAACUUUACGAAGAAAAUAAUGCUCUCCAGGGUCAUUUAAUACUUCAAAACAUGUUGAUAAAAGAACUUGAUUCAUUAAAAAAAAAUUACAAUGAUAUAAUUGCAAGAAACAAUCAAUUUGACUGCAUUAAAAAUGAUUCUAAUUAUCUUAAUUUAUUCAAACAAUAUAAAGAAUUAAAAGAAAUAGAAAAAAGAGCUGAAAUCAUGAAAUCGAUAUAA